AUGUUCGUUAUCGAAUUCUCUAAAUUCCAUAUCCAGCGAUGCCUUAGACGGCUUGCUGCUGCUCCAUCGGACGAAACUAGGUCGAGUGUGCUCUACGGCCAUUUCCUGGCGAGUACUUACAAGGCUGCAUGCAGCAGCACUUUCGGGCUUGAAGACCAUUUAGAAGGGCGAUUGCUUUCCCGCGACCGCAUUGGCUACUUCCAAUGCGGGUUCAAACCCGGGACUCAAGCACAAUGGGGAGCGCUGACCGCGCCGCCCUGCGCUCGUCAUUGCCGCAUUAAGGAACAAUGCACA